AUGGAAGUACCUAAUUUUGAGGAAAUACUGAAACAAGUGAAAAUUAAUUUCUGGUUAAUAGGCAUACCGUUUAAAGAUUCAAAUAUAAAAAUUAGAUACUACCUUUUCUUAAUUUCGCUCAUAAUAAUGCUUAUAGCAGAAUUGUCCUUUAUAGUAUGCAUGGUUUCUACUGCAGACUUAUUAGAAAUAACUCUGUUAGUUCCUUGUAGUUGUAUUGGUUUAUUGUCACUGCUGAAAAUAAUGCCCAUUGCAAUAAAAAGGAAGAAAAUAUUCAAAUUAGCAGACUGCUUAGACAAUUUAUAUCGUGAUAUAUUAAAUAAUACACGCAAUGUAGAAAUCGUAGGAUCCAAAAUAGUCGGUUUAAAAAAAAUAAUCACCUAUUUUUUCGUUUUGAAUGGCGUUCUCAUUGCUGUGUAUAAUUUUUCAAAUCUAGCUUUAAUGUUUUAUGAAUAUAUUACAAAUAAAGAAGUGAAAUAUCAUUUAUCUUAUGCAGUAAUUGUACCAUUCAAUAUAGAAAUAUUUGGUACUUGGUUCUUCGUUUUCGUUUUCUCGUGUAUGAAUGGGUAUAUAUGUGUUGUUUUCUAUACAACUGUUGACGCCUUAUAUUGCAUCUUUACCUCCCACAUCUGUCAUCAUUUUACACUAAUAAGUGAAGAAAUUAAAUGUUUGGAUACUAAUAAUGGUGACAAAUUAAGAGAGCUUGUUAAUAAUCAUCAAUAUAUAUUAAAAUUAUCUGAAGAUUUGGAGGAUAUUUUCAAUUUACCUAAUUUAUUUACUGUCUUACUGGGAUCAAUUGAAAUCUGUGCGCUAGGUUUCAAUUUGACGAUGGGUACCUGGAGUCAAUUGCCGGGUUGUGUUUUAUUUCUCGUAUCAGUUCUCUUACAAAUACUAAUGAUGAGUUAUUUCGGUGAAAAUAUUACAAGAGAGAGCAAUGGAGUAGGCGAAGCGACUUUCCUUUGUAAAUGGUACGACAUGAAUAAAAUUGAAAAACAAAACAUAUUAAUUAUAAUGACAAGAUCUCACAAGCCCGCCCAGUUAACUGCUUACAAAUUUUCUAUUAUUUCAUAUGCAAGUUUCAUGAAAAUUAUAAGCACAUCGUGGUCCUACUUUACGAUACUGAAGACUGUAUAUAAACCGGAUAUUAAAUAA